CGUCCCCCGUCCUCCUGCCUGUCCGUCCCCUGAGUGGGAUUCGGGCGUGAUUGGAUCAAGAGGCCCAAGUCGCCUGAAAGGGUCUCCAUCCUAAUUCUCUUCAUGGCAUUGGAUUUCGCCAGAUGAACUUGUUCACACCGACAUACCUCAUUCUGGGUUGCAACUCAACCCCGACGACCAGUGCGCGCAACUGCCGCCAUGGACCUCCACGACAUUCAGAGCCAGGCGACGGCGUGGCUGCACGAGGUGUCGCAUGCGUUCCAGAAGGUGCCUGGCUCCGCCGUCCUGAUCCGCUACGUGCAGUCGAGCUACCAAAACGACCCGAUCCGCUCCGCCAUCGAGCUCGUCCUCGUCGUCUUCUUCAUCCGCUACCUCCUCGCGCCAUCGUAUUCGACACACAAGCAGAACUUCAUCAAGCUUCGAGAUGAUGAGAUCGACGAGCUCGUUGAGGACUGGACGCCGGAGCCGCUCGUGCCGGACCGCACACCGCAGGAGGAGGCCGAGGCCGAAAAGCUGCCGGUGAUCGUGGGGCCAACGGGCCCCAAGGCGAAGCUGGCGAGCGGCCGGACCGUGACCAACCUGGCGUCGAGCAACUUCUACAACUUCAACGCCAACGAGCAGAUCAAGGAAAAGGCGAUCCAGACGUUGCGCACGUACGGCGUUGGUCCCUGCGGCCCCCCGCAGUUCUACGGCACCCAGGACGUCCACAUGAAGACCGAGGCCGACAUCGCCGCUUACAUCGGAACCGAGGCCUGUAUCAUCUACGCCCAUGCCUUCUCGACGGUCUCUAGUGUCAUCCCCUCGUUCUGCAAGCGUGGCGAUGUCAUCAUCGCCGACCGCGCCUGCAACUACUCCAUCCGAAAGGGUCUCGAGCUCAGCCGCAGCAGCAUCCGCUGGCACGGCCACGGCGACCUGGACGAGCUCGAGGCCGCAAUGGCCAAGGUGGCACAGGAGCAGGCCAAGGCGAAGAAACUGACCCGGCGGUUCGUGGUCAUCGAGGCUCUGUCUGAUCUGGUCGGCGACUGCGCCGACCUGCCCAAGCUUAUUGAGCUCAAGGAGAAGUACAAGUUCCGCCUCCUCUUCGACGAAACCAACUCGUUUGGCGUACUGGGUCGGACAGGUCGGGGCCUGACCGAGGCACAAAACGUGGACCCGACACAGGUGGACGUUAUCGUAGGCUCGAUGGCGGGUGCCCUGUGCUCGGGCGGAGGCUUCUGUGCUGGCACUCAGGAGGUGGUGACGCACCAGCGGGUCACUUCGGCGGCGUACACGUACUCGGCAGCGCUGCCGGCAAUGCUCGCCGUGACGACGAGCGAGACGCUGAACCUGCUGCAGUCAAAUCCCGAGAUUCUUCUGCAGUGCCGCGAGAACAUCAAGGCAAUGCGGGCGCAGCUGGAUCCGCGCAGCGACUGGGUUGUCUGCACCAGUGACCCCGAGAACCCUGUUCUCGUUCUUGUGCUUAAGCCUGAAGUGGUCGCGUCCAGGCGUUUAACGGACGAGGAUCAGUCGCGCCUGCUGCAGGAGUGUGUUGAUGAGUCGCUGGCCAACGGUGUCUGGAUCACGCGCAUGAGGACAAAGCCCGUUACCGACGCUAUUAGCCCCAAGGAGAAGAGCUUCAAGGUUACUCCAGCACUCAAGGUGUCGGUUACGUCGGGUCUUUCCAAGAAGGACACUGAGCGUGCGGGCACCACGAUCCGUCACGCCAUCACCAAGGUGAUGAAGAGCAACGCCAAGCUCGCGCCAGCCGUGGCGGCGUGAAGCUGGACUGCCGAGGCCCGAAUGCCAUAUCAGCAUCGAUUGGUCCCGUAGAGCGCCAAGCAGCUUACCUUUUUACCCUCUUCUUCCCGGGCCCCUCCAUCUUGUCGCCAGCUGCUGUUCCAAGUUGCUUGGCUGGGGCUCUGCGUGCCAGGCAUAUAGAGUUUAUAGAUCCCGAUGGCGAGCGCCAGCUAGGCGAACAGGCUGCAGAUAGAUGGAGCGAGCAACUAAAUUAAUGGCUAAUACAUCUCUACCUUGACACCACGCCGGAAUUCCGGCCAUGGCUAUGGGGGAAUGCCAACGACUCUGGGCUCUAGUAGCAUCA